CGUGCGCACUAGAAACACGUGGAAGUGGGAAGAGGUAAAUAAAGAUCCACUCCAGUUCGAGAUCUGCUAAGCCGUAGCUAGUCGCAACGACCCCCGUUUCAUCGUCACGAGAAGGACCUAAUUUUCAUCUCCCCGUUCUCCCGACUAGAAAUGCUGAUUCCCAAGAAGAAUCGGAAGGCCAUUUACGAACACCUCUUCAAAGAGGGCGUCCUCGUGGCCAAGAAGGACUAUUUCGCCGCCAAACACUCUGAGAUCGAGACGGUCCCUAACCUACAAGUCAUUAAGGCCAUGCAGUCGCUGAAGUCGCGCGGCUACGUGACGGAGCGUUUCAGUUGGCAGUACUUCUUCUGGUACCUGACAAAUGACGGUAAGUGGGAACCUUUUUAAGGACACCCCUGAAAUGAAGACACCUCUCUAAUAAGGACACUUUCUUUCCCCAAGAACAGUUCUUGCGUGCAAUUUAACCCCUUCUCUCCCAUUGGUGUCCUGAUUAGAGGAUUCCACAGUAUACCCUAUGAGUCUCCCCCCCUUCUUUCUUUCACCUCCCCUCUCUCUCUCUCUCUCUCUCUCCCCCCAGGUAUCCAAUAUCUCCGUGAGUACCUCCACCUCCCUCAAGAGAUUGUACCAGCACUCUCAAGAGGCCCGUCCGUACUGAGACUGCUCGACCAAGACCCAAAGCUAGUCCUCGUGUUAUAUUUCACUCGUCUGACAGGAUUCGGUGAUGGAGAUCGCGGUAUGAGAGAGGAGAGGGAGGAGAGAGAAGGCUACAGGACCGCUGGGCCGUCUAGCUAUGGUGGUGCUGAUAAGAAGGCAGCGACCGGGGCUGGGUCGGACUUUAACCCCGCAUUUAGAGGAGGAUUUGGAAGAGGCCAGCCACCCCAAUUGUAGCCCACCCUCCCUACAAAACCGGUUAAACAGGCUAAUCCUGUUUUCUAAUUAUCAAAGAGUGUAUAAUUAAUGUUGCUGGUGCAUGUCAUGCCUGCAAUUGCUGGUAUAUACUUGCGGAGUAAUGUUUGUGAUGUCAUAAUAAAGUUAUAUAGAUGAUGUAAUAGUGAGGUAAUGAGGAUGUCUGUGUGUAAGGAUGGAAAUGACGAUGAUGUAAUGGAUAAGUGGUGAAAAAUAACACGAGGACUAGCUGUGUAUUAGAGAAGUUCAGUUUAGCUUUGGUCGUUUUGUCAGGGGGGCGAGGCUUAGACUGCUGGGGGAGUGGUUGGCCACACCCCCAAAGCUCUUGGUCGGUACUCCUGAGAGGUGCAUCGAGAACUGACUGCAGAGUUCAGUCAACUGUCUCCGAAGAGUGUUCAGAGCGGGGAGGGUCCUGCAGGCGUGUGUCUGAUUCUCAUUAUUCUGAGAAUGUCGUGGACUUCUGUCUGGGCCUGAGACAAUGCCGUGGGAGUGGUGGGUGUGGCUUCAACGACCGCCAGAGACUGUGGCUGGGGGGAAAGAGAGAAGGGACGAAGGAAAAAGGGACGAGAGAAGGAAAGAUGUGAGACAGAGAGAAAGUGGCAGAUUAAAACUUGAUUUUGGGCAUUCACGUGUUGUUAACCAUCUUGCACAGAACA